UACAUAUAUAUUAGUUUUACCAGCUGUUGUGUAUUUAUCUAAACAAAUCUAAUUGGGAGUAUCUAAAGUCAGUACUCGUGCCGAAUGUCAAAAGAGAAAACUCACAAAAAUAAGACACAACAAAAACGAAAUAAAAACAAACGAAAUAUUUGCUAAAUACACACACCUACCGAAAAAAUCGGCGAGCAGCAGUAGCAGCGGCACAAGCAGCUGGGUGGCGGUGGUGAUAUUAGUACAGAAAAUGAGAUACAAAAAAUAAAAUAAAACCGACGAGAGCGGAGGACUACAGAUGACGCUAAAGCAAGCGCCGUGGAUUCGUACACCAACGAGCCAUACCCGUCAAGUUGCGCGCUACGACCUUGCAAUACCCUUGAAUGACACUCUUAUUGUGCGCACCGUGUCCAAGAUGGAAGACGAGCACAAAAGCAACGCAACGGUAGAAGUCAAAUAUUAAAAGUGAACUUUGUGUGUUUUUGUCUUUUCGUGUAGUUCAUGCGUUCGCUUAUAAAAAUUGAAAUUCAAAUAAAUAAAUAAAUAAAUAAAUAAAAUUUAUUACAAACAAGUGCAGCUUUUAUGGAAAAUGUGCUAAAGUAAAUGUAAAUCAAUGCAAAUUAAUUAAAAUAAAAUGUUCUACAAUAUAUACAUACAAGCUUACAACAACUGGCUGCUCUAAAUCUGUGACAUUUCACCGAAAAAAAAAAUCUACGCAAGGUCAAAGCUAAAUAUUGUAAGACAGAGUUUCUGGUAAAAGCCAAUGAACGGUCCCGGUGAUAUACCAUUGAAUGAUAAUAGCAGCACACCUGAUCCAAAAUCUUGCAGUAUAAUAUCUGUUAUACCAGCACUAGGCAUGUCAUCAUGUCGUGGUAGAGCCGAGGCUUUUGCGCGUAGUUUAUCAUCAAAGUUGCGUACAUUGGGCACACAGAACGAUGAUGGCGAAAUAUCGCAAGAGGAAGUAGCCAUAAUAAAUGAGAAUAACACAGCUAACACAUGGAAAACUACAAGCGACACCGAAGCGACAGUCACAGAUUUGCAACCGUUACGGCAUGAGUCCGACUCAUUCUUUGACUUUGAUUGCGAACUCGAGAGUCCAGGUAGUCCGGUGGAUGAAUGUGAAUAUUUACGGCUAAUCGAGACCGCGUCGAAUACACCACACAAUUCGGCGGCUGAAUCGGGUUGUGUUUGUGCAUCGACUUCGAGUAGUCGGGGCUCCACCGAUGCGCAAUUCUAUGAUCACAUACAUAAUGAAGAAAUAACAACAACGGAUGGUACGGCCUGUGUGCCCUCACUGCACAAUGGCUACGACUCCAAUGAGCAAAUACACGAAACAUUUGACGAAGAUGCAGCCACGGAGAAAAGUAAAACAGAGGCGGUUCAAAUUGAAAGCACAGCGACUACAAAUGAGCCACCAGAAACAGAAGCUCUGGUGGAGUUACCGAGAAAUGACGAAACUCUAACACCGGUGGAUUUGGCAACUAUACAAGAUGAGAUAAUCAAUGAACUACAAGAACACAGCACACGAAUUGGCAAUUUAAUAGAAUCCAUACAAACUCAAGCAAAUAACGAAACAAUUACUCCUACGGAAGACUUACACGCUAACCUCACUAACGGUAACACCGUUGCCAAUGAUGAUGAAGAUACAAAACUUGACAAUAUAGAACAAUUGCAUAAUGAAACGACUGAAAUUAGCAAUACGGAUAAAUCCGCCCAUAACGAAGUACAAAUCGGGUUAGACACAACGGAGCCGACCCGUACAAGCACUCAGGAACCCACUGAAACUAAUCAUAACCAAAAUAUAACCAAAGAUGAGAAAUCCGCAUUCGACGGACAUGAUGAGGAUGAAGAUGAUUGCAGACCACAACGUGUGCGCCGUUGCUCCUCACUUAAAACGGGUAAAACACCACCUGGCACACCGGGUCGUAAGAAGAUUGUACGUUUCGCAGAUGUACUGGGUCUAGAUUUGGCCGAUAUAAAAACCUUUCUCGACGAAGUACCAACUAUACCAAAGUCUGCAUUUGAAGAUUUGGAAGUAAUGGAGUCGGAACCACCCAUACAACUGGGCCCAAAAUCUGACAAGCUACUCAUGCCGCUCUUUCAACAACCCGGUGGACUGCCGAACUUUUUGGAUCUUGUGCGUGAGAAGCAAGUCUCGCUGGAGAAUGCAGCGCUAACGGAUCACAUCAAUCAAACAAUUACCGGCACAGUGCGUGUACGCAAUUUGGACUUCAACAAGUCUGUGCACAUACGUUACACGUUGGACAAUUGGCGCAGCUAUGCAGAUCUUCAGGCGAAUUAUGCAGAGAAUUCAUGUGAUGGCUUCUCCGAUAAAUUCACCUUCUUUCUCUUCGGCAAUUCGCUGCAAAUCGGCCAACGUAUCGAAUUCGCUGUACGUUUUCAAUGCAAAGGACAACAGUUCUGGGAUAACAAUUAUGGCACAAAUUAUUGCUUCCAAUGCUUGCCAGCGUCAACGCCCGCCAUUACCAGCACAACACAUCCGGUGCAUGUACAGACGGCCACAAGUCACCACACGGCUGGUUUAUUUAGUCCGACAGUUGGUGAUGCUUGGUGCAGCUCGUUCUACUAGUGAUGUGCGGGUGACAAAUAUAAAAUAAAAAGCUAGAAAACACUACUAAUAAAAUAUGCAUACAUAUAUACAAAAAUAUUUAGUAAAUUUUGUUAAUACAAUACUAAUGUGCAGCGACACACGCACAAACCUACACGACUAUAAAGAAACAGAUACAUAUAAAAAUGCCAUAAAGUAAAAGAAAUCAGGGAAAAAUACUCCAAAAGUCUCCUAUUUAACUAACGAUCUAGAUACAAACAUACAUAUACAUAUAUUUAUAUAUAUAUUAUAUUAAAAGUGAGCCCACCCUUCCAAAGCCAAAGAACAAGCAAAAUCACAAUUGUUACAUUCAUAUACUAAUUAUGUGUAUGUAUAUAGAUAUGUGUAUGAUGAAACGAAAUUAUGUAUAAUUUUUUGUAAAUAAUAACACACUUUUUAACUAACUAUAAACUAUAAAGAUGUGUAUGCACACAAAACCCAGCAAAAAAUUAAAAAUACACUUCUUCGGAAGGCAACGUGGCAUACGUAGUUCAAUGACACCUUAACUUCACACAAACACUUUCGGAAUUGAAUAAGGCCUCUCCAAGUGAAAGUGAAAGCGAUUACACGUUCAUAUAAAUUGCGAGCAGUCACUGACACAAUCACUUCCAAAGAAGUGAAGAACAGAUUUUAGGUAAUGUGUUGUUAAAGUACACAUUCUGCGCUGCCCACCAGGAGCGUGAAUUAACGAAGCUUAAGAGAAACAUUUGUUGUCUCUAGAAGCGCUUUCAAGUGUUUUUACUGGGUAAUGUUUACAUACACAUACAUUUAUAUAAUAUAAACGCAUGUACUACAUGAAGAUAUAUUAUAUGCAUAUAUAUAUUUAUAUAUAUAUAUAUAUAUAUAUAUAUACUAGUGAGCAGAUGUCCAAAAACUAAAAAUGAAUUAAGCAAAUUAAAUUUAUGCCCACUAUAAACACACAAACAUCACCAGUUAGCUGUCACCAAUGCACUUAUACAAAUAUACGAGCGUGUAUAUAUGAGUUAUUAACUAAUAAAGAAAAUUUCCUAUAUACAGAUAUAUAUAAUUUUAAUGAUCCACCUACAUAUAUAUAUAUAUAUAUGUAUGUGUGCAUACACAUACAUGCAUAUACAUACAUACAUAUAUAAAGUAAGAAAAAAGAAAUAGCAACUUUUUGAAAUAUUUUUCAAAGCAAAAGUUAAUAACUACAUACAUACAUACAUACUGCAAAAAAAAGGAGAAGAAGAGUAUAUAGAAAAAAUCAUAGAAAAACGUGGAGCUGUUUUAAAAAUCUCCUUAAAUACUGUUGCCGUUUUAUAUAACAAAGUGUGAUCAAGAAAAUUAAUACCAAAUCAAUAAAUAAAUUAAUAAAUAAAAGAACAAAAAUUAUUAUGGCUACAACGCUAUACAUACUUAUGUAUGACAAAUGAAGAAUGAGAAAGGAAAAUCUUGUAAAUUUGCUAUAUAUACAUAUGUAUCGAAUGCAAUAAUAUAUAUAUAUAUUUACAUACAUAUUUAUUUAUUUUUAAUUUAAU